CCCGCCCGGCUCCGGCAAAUGGUGAGGGCGACGCUGGCCUCUGCGCCCGCGGGUCGGAGGCUCUGAUGGACCGGAGAUAUCUCGCACUAUAAACUGAAUGAUGGCAGCCUACUCGAGCUUGUACAAUGAAGACAGAAACCUGCUUCGAAUUAAGGAGAAGGAAAGACGCAACCAGGAAAUUCACCAAGAGAAAGAGGCAUUUCCUGAAAAGAUUCCCCUUUUUGGAGAGCCCUACAAGAAAGCAAAAGGUGAUGAGCUGUCAAGCCGAAUACAGAACAUGUUGGGAAACUAUGAAGAAAUGAAGGAGUUCCUUAGCACCAAAUCCCAUCCUCGGGGUUUGGCUGCUUCUGAAGAUAGGUUGGGGAAGUCAAGAUACCCUUUAUUUCCUGACAAGGGGAGCAGCAUUCCAUCCAACUCCUUCCACACACGUGUCCACCACCAGCCCAUUCACACUCCUGCCUCCGGACCACUUUCUGUUGGUAACAUUAGCCACAAUCCGAAGAUGGUAAAGCCAAGAAUGGAACCAUUGCCAAAUCUCCAUGCCAAAAGUUAUGGGCCACCAGAAAGCCAGCACCUGGCCCAUGCUUGCCUUGGUCAGGAGGGAUAUGGCUCUAGUCAUCUCAAAAAAGGUGACCAUAGACCUGAUGGAGGCCAUUGUACUUUGAUGACAGACUCAGCUCCAGAAAGGGAACUUUCCCCCCUAAUCUCAUCUUUGCCUUCCCCAGUGCCCCCUUUGUCACCUGUACAUUCCAACCUGCAAGCUCUUCCCAGGAUGCCAGCAAGCAACAAGGUUCAUAGCAGUAGCAACAGCAGUAAAAGCUUCUGCCCAGCCAAGUCUCCCAAGGACCUGGCAGUGAAGGUUUGUGAGAAAGAGACCCCUCAAGACAAUCUAGUAGCGGUUGCCAGCCUUGGAGUAGCCACUCCCCAGCCAGCUUCUCAGACAUUUCCACCCCCCUCUCUACCAUCAAAAAGUCUUGCAAUGCAGCAGAAGCCCACUGCAUAUGUCCGGCCCAUGGAUGGCCAGGACCAGGCUCCACUGAGUGAGUCUCCCAAGCUGAAAUCGCUGCCAGAAGACUAUCGUCAGCAGACCUUUGAAAAAACAGACUUAAAAGUGCCUGCCAAAACCAAGCUCACCAGACUGAAGAUGCCUUCCCAGUCAGUGGAGCAGACAUACUCCAGUGAAGUUCAUUGUGUUGAAGAAAUUCUGAAGGAAAUGACCCAUUCGUGGCCUCCUCCUUUGACAGCAAUACAUACACCUAGUACAGCAGAGCCAUCCAAAUUUCCUUUCCCCACAAAGGAUUCUCAGCACAUCUGUUCUGCAAUCCAAAAUCAGAAACAAUAUGAUACGCCUUCAAAAACCCACCCUAAUUCUCAGCAAGGAACAUCCAUGCUGGAAGAUGACCUUCAGCUGAGUGACAGUGAGGACAGUGAGAAUGAACAGACCACAGAGAAGCUACCUUCCUCAGCUGCACCUCCAAGUGCUCCACAGUCGCUCCCCGAGCCUGUGGCAUCGGUGCGCUCCAGCAGUGCUGAGUCAGAAAGCACCAGUGACUCGGACAGCUCCUCAGAUUCAGAGAGCGAGUCCAGCUCCAGUGACAGCGAGAAUGAGCCCCUCGAAACCCCCGCUCCAGAGCCUGAACCUCCAACAACAAACAAAUGGCAGCUGGACAACUGGCUGACCAAAGUCAGUCAGCCGGCGGUGCCCCCUGAGAGUCUAGGAAGCACAGAGUCCCCACACCGGCAUCCAGACAGCAAGGGAAGUAGUGACAGUAGCACGGGCCAGGAGCAUUCUGAAUCCAAAGACCCUCCUCCCAAGACCUCCAGCAAAGCCCCCCGGCUUGCCCCCGAGGGCCCCCACGCUGGGAAGAGGACUUGUCAGAAGUCUCCUGCACAACACGAUCCUCCAAGACAAACUGUUGGAACCAAACAACCCAAGAAACCUGUCAAGACCUCGGGGCAGGUGGAUUGCAGAGCCAGCUUGCCGCUAGACAGUGAGCCAGGCCUUUCGUACAGCACAAAAGAGCAGACUUCCAAAGACAAGCCCAAGGUGAAGACGAAAGGAAGGCCCCGCACCGGGGGGAGCAGGGACACCAAGCUCACUGCACCUGCUGCCAGCGAGAAGAAGAAGCACAAGAACUGUCCCCCAACCCCCUCCAAGGCCCUCUCAGGCCCCGCGCCUCCUAAGGACAGUGCGGGGCCUCGAACCCCGGAGCACUUUGCUCUGGCCCCCCUGACUCAGAACCAGGGCCUACCCCACAGUGGCAGCAGUGGCAGCAGGACUAGUGGGUGCCGACAGGCAGUGGUGGUCCAGACAGAUGGCCGCAAAGACAGACUGCUGUUGCCUUUGAGUGACACCAGGUUGCUCUCACCGCUCAGGGACACUCCUGCCCCACAAAGCCUGGUGGUAAAGAUAACCCUAAACCUUCUCACUCGGAUACCCCAACUACCAGGCAAGGGCAGCCGCCCAAGGAAAGCAGAGGAGAAGCAGCCGUCCACAGGGAAGAAGUGCGAAUCUGAGAAGAGAGGUGCAGAAGACGCCAGCAAGAUGGCCAAAAAGAGGAAGGGUUACACAGAAAGAGAUUAUGAGAACAAAAAAAUCAAGUUGGAGAAAGAAGUCAAAUCACAGUCUUCAUCUUCUCACAAAGAGUCUUCUAAAACAAAGACACCCAGGCCUUCCUCAGAGCCUUCAAAAAAGGAAAUGCUUCCUCCUCCACCUGUGUCUUCCUCUACUUCCUCUUCCUCCUCCUCUUCCUCCUCCUCCUCCUCCCAGAAGCCAGCCAAGCCUGCACACAAGAGGUCAAGGCAGGAAGCAGACAGCUGUGGUCAGGACCCUCCCAAAAGUGCCAGUAGUACUAAGAACAACCAUAAAGAUUCUUCCAUUCCCAAGCACAGAAAAGUCCAAGGGAGGGGCUCCGGAAGCUCCACGGAACACAAAGGAUUUUCUGGAGAUACUUCAAAUCCUUUUCCAGUGCCUUCUUUGCCAAAUGGCAACUCUAAACCAGGGAAGCCUCAAGUCAAGUUUGACAAACAGCAAGCUGAUUUUCACAUGAAGGAAGCAAAAAAGUUGAAGUACAAAGCAGAGUCUAUGACAGACAAGGUUGGAAAGGCCUUUAAGUACUUGGAAGCCAUCCUGUCCUUCAUUGAAUGUGGAAUUGCCAUGGAGUCAGAAAUGCCAGCAUCGAAGUCAGCUUACACGGUGUACUCAGACACUGUGGAUCUUAUUAAAUUCGUGAUGUCAUUAAAAUGCUUCUCUGAUGCCACCAUGCCAACACAAGAGAAAAUAUUUGCUGUUUUAUGCAUGCGUUGCCAGUCUCUCCUGAACAUGGCCAUGUUUCGCUGUAAAAAAGACAUAGCAAUAAAGUAUUCUCGUACACUUAACGAACACUUCAAGAGUUCUUCCAAAGUGACACAGGCACCUUCUCCAUGCGUUGCAAGAAGCACAGGCACCCCAUCCCCUCUCUCUCCAAUGCCUUCUCCUGCCAGCUCUGUAGGGUCCCAGUCAAGCGCUGGCAGUAUGGGGAGCAGCGGAGUGACUGCCGCCAUCAGUACCCCGGUCUCCAUCCAGAACAUGACCUCCUCCUAUGUGAACAUCACAUCCCAUGUCCUUACCGCCUUUGAUCUGUGGGAACAGGCCGAGGUUCUUUUGAGGAAGAAUAAAGAAUUUUUUGCUCAACUGAGCACCAAAGUAUGUAUCUUGGCCCUCAAUAGCAGUUUAGUGGACCUGGUACACUAUACAAGACAGGGUUUGCAGCGGCUGAAACAAGUAACCAAAACACCUUAACGUGAGCCCAGCUGACACAAUGCCUUGGAAACUGUUUUGCACAUUGGAAGCCUCAAAAUCAGCAUAGACAUUUGUCUCAUUAGACGGCAUCAAACUCCAGUAGGGAAGCAGAGAUGGAGGCCAGCCCCAGAGAUGAUGUUGCUUUUCCGGAGUAAAGGAUGGAGGUGCAGUAUGCCCUGAUGGGCAUAUCGAUGGUCUAGAGACAUUUCUGUGCUUUUGUUUUGUUUUGUUUUUGGGUGUUUUGUUUACUCCACAGAAUACAAGUUGCAAAUGAAAUGAGGAGAAGCAAUUUCAACUCUGAAAGCAAGUUCUUUUCAUCUCAGUAGCCAUACUAAUCCCAUUUCCAAAAGGAAUUUUAAAAAAAAAAAAACAAAACAAUGAUUUGUGGUGAAGGGUUUUGUGGAUGAUUUUUUAAAAAUGUUUUUGGGGAAACAUUGCUUCAUGAAUUCUAAUGGCCAUCUGUAAAAUAUAAGUUGUGAAGGACUCCAUUAUACCCCUCGUCCUGCUGUUGAACAGUGGCUUUGAUUCUAAGGAUUGGUAUUUAUACAACUGAAGGUGAUUCCUGGCCCUACUCCCUAAACACAUUUUCCCCCGUGAAGAUUUCUUUUACUGUGCUGAAAGGCAGCCCAAAUGGAGCACUGGAGGAGGAGCGGCCACAUUUGGGAGCAUCUCAUACCCCAAGAGGACUGGCGCUUCCAUUCCUACCCUACUCCAGGAAGGCACGUAACUAAAACAUCGAUGAUGCUCUAAACAGCCCACCUUGGGGGAGGAGGGAACCAACAUUUAUACCUGACCAGAUCGCUAAAGUGGUUUUUAAUUUUUGUUUAACUGAGCUGGAAUUCAAGGUGCUGAUGGGUGGUUUGUAGCUGUGUGGUAACUAUUCUAAUGAACUCAGAAUUUUGUCAAUGAACAAAGAAAAAUGAAAUCUUCUUAGGCUAUAUUUUUCUGUUACAGAUUAUAUUUAUAACAAAAUGAAACUUUCCAGUGUCUUGAUUGUCAUGAGGAAGUUAAUUUCCUGACCAGAUGUGAAGAUUUGGAGUAUAAAUUUGACUUUGAAAACAUUGCCACUACAUGCCUUCACUUCAGAGUGUUGUUGGCCAACUCGAUUUGAUUAAGUUGAAGAGGAACUGUGGCCUUUCCAUAAGCUGUCACCCUGCUAUCUACAUUAAACCAAAAUCUAUUUGAAAGAACUAAAAUGAAAGAACAAAGAAUUCCCCCAGGCCCAUAAGCACAGUUUUUCCUUGAAACUUAGAAGGUUAUUAUUAGAAUACUCGUUUGAGUUCAGUGUUUUUAAAAGCCAGUGCUUUAUAUCCCUUUUAUAUGUAGAACUUGAACAUGUAUUAAAAUCGAAGAGUUAGAGUUAU